AUGACUGGCGAGAAUGCCAUUUUACGAUCAAAUUUGUCGAGAAAAGACGAAGAGCACACCAGAUCAGUGGGCGAGUUCAUUGCCAGUCAGACCAAGUCGAAGGACGAUCAUAUGAAACAGAUUGAGGUGCUGAAAAAAGAGGUCGAGAGACUCAGGGUGGAAAAGAUGUUUUUGAGCAACGAGGUUCAGGAGGUCUCGUUGGCCAUGCGAGCAUCCAAAGGGAAGCGGGAAAAGGUGGAGUCUGCUACUAAUGCACAGACUGAUACAGGACAUUCUACACAUGCUAAUGGUGCACAGGAGACAACACCAGACAACAGUCCUUCCAAAAAGAGAGUGAAACGAGAUCUCGAAGCUAGUUUUAGAGAUGGAUUCGACAUCCCUCCCAACUCACCUUCGAGAAGAAGGAGACGGCAAGAGGCUCUUCGCCAGAUGCGAAGAGUUCCUGUCAGUAACAGCACGAGAUCGAGCCCGUCGAAAUCUCACAGGAAUAGAGAUAUAGGGUUUGGCGAAGAUGAAGAGGGUGGUGAUUUUGUGAUGGUCGAUGAAGUCAGCAUAGACCCAGGGGCCAGACAUCCGAGGUCAGCGUCGGUGUCCAAGCACUCGACUCCCACAACCAAUCGAAUAAAAGAGAUAACAGGACUAGAACUAGCAUCUACCGCCGAAACUAUAAAUGUCACAUCCGAUUAUAUUCAGAAAAAUCUUGAAAUGGACUUCUACAUGGCAGUCAAGACACAUAAGUUGCCUGAGAGUACACAAACCACAAUUCAGAUGCUCGAUAAAAUUAAAUUCAAAGCAUGCGGACUAGGCACUUAUCUGCUUGACGAUGUUUUUGUAUCGAAAUCCAGCGACAGUGACCUAGGUUUCUUUCGUCGGUGUAUUGACGUGUGUACAUACAUGAGAUUUGAACCCAACCCGGAGGUAAACGAGAAUGAAUGGCCACUGGAUGCUGGGUAUCUCGUUCUCCACCUUUUGGAUACAGCCAUUGCUGCUGAUCCAAUACGUUUCAUUUCAAACGAAAGCAUUUUACUGGAAACCAUUCGAAUGCUUGUACAGUUUGUAGAGCAUGGUCUAUCAGUAACUUUAAACUCUCCGUUUUCGCUGCCCUCAGAGAGCGAAAUACCGUGGUUCAAAUGUAUUACAAUUGAUUCAGAAAAGGCGACCAAAACAUCACUCAUGAUUUGUGCUUUAGAUGUUCUUGAGACGGUCGUCCUGUCAUGCUCACUGGAUGCAAAUUCUUCGAAAGCAUGCUGGUCGACGAUUCCAUUCCGUUUGAUCAAUAGUCUUCUGCUGUCGCCAAAUCAACAUCACAUAACAACCAACAUUCUAGUAAAAACGUUACGAAUGCUUAUCCCCUCGAUAACUGAGGGCAUGUUGGGACCCAUUGUGACCGACUCGCCCAACACACCGUCAGUCGAAUCAAGAGCUAAAGCUCAACUAGACCAAGAGCAGCUCAUUAUCAGCACUCUGGUUCGUCAUAUAUCACAGUCCCAAAAGUUUGAGCAAUCUCUAGUCCUCUUAUUUGCGGGUCUAGAAAGCGACUAUAGUGGCAGUCCGAGCAUUGGAAGAUCAAAUUCCAUCACUCCUUUGUAUAUUCAGACUCACCGCAAAUCCAAGGGCCUUGAUAUCGGUCGCAACAACGACAGCAAUGUCAACUAUGAAUUGUACAUAACUAACGCCUUUGAGACAAUCAACUUACGGCGUACCAUCAUCCAAUUUUUCACCGCAUUAUUAUUACGACGAGGAGUAGGUUUACUAGUGAACAAGAGUUUGCUGGUAGGUACUCUUACACAGGCAAUAUCUCAUGAACUGGACGAUAUCUAUGAAUGCCCACAGGACUCUUCAGAUAUGGGCCGUGUUCAAUUUGUCAACGCGUCUGUGCGCCUAUUUCAUGCCAUAUGGACCCUUUCGGACGACAAACCACAACUCACACGUUCGCUAUACGGUGAUGCUGGUCAUGAAAACCUAGUUGCUAUGGCUCGCAUCGCUCUGAGUGAGUAUCCAGACCCGUCCAAGCCGUCACCAGCUGUCCGUUUUGACGCUGAUGUCAUCGACCGCUCCCGUGAUAUCCUCGAACAAUGUAUCACCCUCACCGAGGCUGACGAGAUUUAUUUAUCCAUGUACGCUACUUGA